UUUCUUUUCUGGACGGAGCUCCUGAGGAGCCUGAAGUCGACGAGGUAGAGGAGGAUCUUGAGGAGCAGCAGGAACGCGAGCACGAUGCAAUGCAAAUUGAUCGGAUCGCUUCUCCGGACGGGGGCGCGAAACGCAAACUAGACGGCGAUGCACCGGAAUCCCGGACGGCCCAUGAGAUACCGCCGAAAAAACCACGUCUAGCGUCUCCAAAGCCGGUGGUCGUAGACGAGUUCGAGACGGAGGCGAAGCGCGAGGUUGACGCCAGUGCGGGGUUGACGGGUGCUAGUGUUGAGGAGGGAUCGCGGCUUGAGUUGCGGCACCAAGUCAGGCAUCAAGUUGCUGUGCCCCCAGGAUAUCCCUACGUUCCCAUUUCACAACAUGUCCCACCCGCCAAGCCUGCCCGGACCUACAAAUUCACGCUGGAUCCUUUCCAGCAGGUCUCGGUGCACGCGAUACAGAGAAACGAGAGUGUACUCGUCUCGGCCCACACUAGUGCGGGGAAGACAGUUGUUGCCGAGUACGCGAUCGCACAGUGUUUGGAGAGGAAGCAGAGGGUUAUAUACACCAGUCCUAUAAAGGCGCUCAGUAACCAGAAAUACCGUGAAAUGCUUGCGGAAUUUGGGGACGUGGGGCUUAUGACGGGCGACGUGACCAUCAAUCCUUCCGCAACCUGUCUUGUUAUGACCACCGAAAUUCUGCGUUCGAUGCUUUACCGUGGCUCCGAGAUAAUGCGUGAAGUAGCAUGGGUCAUCUUCGACGAAAUUCACUAUAUGCGCGACAAGGAGCGAGGUGUCGUCUGGGAGGAAACGAUCAUCUUACUUCCGCACUCCGUCCGAUAUGUUUUCCUAUCCGCCACGAUACCGAAUGCGAUGCAGUUCGCUGAGUGGAUUGCGAAGAGCCAUGAACAACCCUGUCACGUAGUCUACACAGACUUCCGACCUACACCGUUACAACACUACCUAUUCCCGGCGGGCGGCGAGGGCAUAUAUCUCGUGGUGAACGAGAAAGGCGAGUUCAGGGAGGACAAUUUUAGCAAGGCCAUGGGCACGUUGGCCGAAAAGCAGGGCGAGGAUCCAGCAGACCCGAAGAGUGGCGGAAAAGGCAGGAAGGGAAAGACGAAGAAAGGUGGAGACAAGAAAGGGCCUUCGGAUAUCUCAAAGAUCAUCAAGAUGAUCAUGCUGAAGAACUACAACCCGGUCAUCAUCUUCGCAUUCAGCAAGCGCGAAUGUGAGGCUCUCGCGCUGCAGCUGAGCAAACAGGAGUUCAACACCCAGGACGAGCAGGACCUAGUGACAAAUAUCUUCAAUAACGCCAUCGAGAACCUUGCGCCCGCCGAUCGCUCCCUUCCGCAGAUCACCAAUUUAUUACCUUUGCUCAAGCGAGGAAUCGGUAUCCAUCACGGAGGCCUGUUGCCCAUCCUCAAGGAAGUGAUUGAGAUUCUCUUUCAAGAGGGUCUGAUCAAGGCGCUCUUCGCCACCGAAACGUUCUCCAUCGGCUUGAACAUGCCCGCGAAGACGGUCGUUUUCACCGCAACACGCAAGUUCGACGGGCGUGAAUUUCGGGAUUUGUCGUCUGGAGAGUAUAUCCAAAUGUCGGGUCGCGCGGGUCGACGAGGUCUCGACGAUCGCGGUGUGGUCAUCAUGAUGUGCGACGAGAAGCUCGAGCCUGCGGCGGCGAAGAACAUGAUCAAAGGCGAGGCCGACAGGCUCGAUUCGGCGUUCCAUCUGGGGUACAACAUGGUGCUGAACUUGAUGAAGGUCGAGGGCAUCAGCCCGGAGUUCAUGCUCGAGCGGUGUUUCUUCCAAUUCCAGAACCAGGCAGGUGUUCCGAUGUUGGAAGAUCAACUGAAGAAGGAAGAAGAAGCGAGAGACGCAAUUGUGGUGGAGGAUGAGAAGGCCAUUGCCGAAUACUACCAGUGUAGGCAGCAGCUUGACCAGAUGUCAGCCGACUUCCGGGAGGUAGUCACGCAUCCUACGUACAGUCUACCAUUCCUCCAGCCUGGGCGAUUGGUCAAGGUCAAACACAAAGACCUCGAUUUCGGUUGGGGAAUCAUCAUAAACUAUCAAAAGCGUCUCCCGCCCAAGAACCGACCAAUGCCCAAAUCCGAAGAAAUUCCUCCGCACGAGCAGUACAUCCUGGACGUGCUUCUCAAUUGCGCUACUGGCUCUGCCUCCUCCCUCCCUAAAGACAAGUCCUCCGUCACCACCUCUACUCCCGGAGGAAUUCGGCCCUGUAAAUCCGGCGAGAAGAGUGAAGCGCUCGUUGUGCCCGUCCUCCUCAGCACCAUCGACGCGAUUAGCCACUUGCGCAUAUACCUACCAAAGGACUUACGCCAGCCUCAGGCAAGGGAGACCACUUGGAAAAGCGUGUUGGAGGUGCAGAAGCGGUUUCCAGACGGUAUCCCGCUGCUGGAUCCAGUGGAGAACAUGAAGAUUGACGACGCCAAGUUCAUGGAACUCAUCAAGAAAAUCGACACGCUCGAGAAAAAGAUGUUUUCAAGCCCACUCCACAAGGAUCCGCGGUUACCCCAGCUCUACUCGGCGUAUGCCAAGAAGGAGGAAGCCCGAGAGCGGAUACGUGCCCUCAAGAAGCGCAUACAGGCGACGAACGACGUGCUGCAACUGGAGGAGCUCAAGUGCCGCAAACGGGUGCUGCGCAGGCUAGGGUUCACGAACUCGGCCGAUAUCGUGGACAUGAAAGGACGUGUUGCUUGCGAGAUCAGCACUGGGGACGAGUUACUCCUGACGGAGCUCAUCUUCAACGGUGUCUUCAACCCGCUGUCUCCUGAGCAGUGCGCCGGACUGCUCAGCUGUUUUGUCUUCACUGAAAAGAGCGAACAAGUGACGAAGUUGAAGGAAGAGUUGGCCGCGCCGUUGCGUGUCAUGCAGGAGAUCGCGAGACGGAUAGCUAAAGUGUCACAAGAGUCCAAGCUUCCCGUGGUCGAAGACGAAUACGUUUCUUCCUUCAAGGUCGAGCUAAUGGAUGCCGUAGUGCAGUGGUGCCGGGGCGCGUCGUUCUCGGACAUCCUGAAGCUAACGGACCAAUUCGAAGGCAGCUUGAUCCGAGUGUUCAGGCGCCUACAGGAGCUGCUGCGCCAGAUGAACCAGGCCGCCAAGGUCAUCGGGAACACCGAGCUCCAAGAAAAGUUCGACAAGGCAUCCGAGAUGCUCGAACGCCCGAAUUCAGUCAUAUUCUGCUCGUCAUUGUAUUUGUAGACCAUUUCUCACGGAUAUCAUCGUGUAUGCUCGGGCCAGGACGUGAGGGCCUGGCGCACAACAGGCUGUAUGCAUCUAGGGGGGACUCAAGGCAUAAAUGGGCAUGUGUAAACAGCGCAUUCCUCG